AUGCCGGGGCUGGCACCUAGAAAGCCGCCCAUCAAGGCGUAUCCUCUCCUCAUUCCCGACAAGAAGCGACUAGUCGACGCGGCGCCAGCUGUCGAGCGCGAAGUGUUCGCGUGGUUGCUCCUCGCCGCUAGUCAAGACGAAGGAUGGACGAAGCGCAAGCACCCCUGCCUGGUGUGCGAGAAGAGCGGUUGGCCAUGCCUUGAUCCCGAGUCUCGUGGCUCCCGGACGAGAUGUGAGGGAUGCUUCUGCGCAGGCUAUCACUGCCAGAGCAUCCCUUCGCGACCAGCACCAUCGACUUUGGCACCGCUGACGCCGCCCAACACCCGCUCCCAUCACAGAAAAGCAGACACCUCGGGGCCUGGCAACCGUCGCACCAGCUCCUCAGACGAACCCAUGGACAUAGACGAGAGUCCUACCCGCGGGAAAGACAAGAUGCCGAAGAAGUUAGCGAGACGCAGGGUCGCAAGUUCCGAGUCUGAUCCCAGUUCGGAUAGUUCUGUGGCAGUCUCGUCGCGUGCUCGUCGCAAGGCUCCGACCAACAACCGUCAGAGCAAGAGGUACCGCAUAAGCAGUCCAGCAGUCCAGCAAGACUCCUCAGACAUCGAGUUCGUGUCUACGUAUCAACCUGAAACCUCGCGCCCCGCACAUCCCAUGACGCCGAUUAGUCCCCGUGAGCCAAUGAGACCCGUGAUUGUGAACCACACACAGCCAACGGCUCCUCCCCGCAAGUCGGCGGCUGAGAGUUUCCUGGAGCUUUUGGGAACUGACUCGUCGAGUGAUGACGAGAACAGCACGGAUAGCAGCGGCUCCGCCCCUCUCCCCCCUCGUCCCAUGCCUGUCCGUCCGAUCCCGAUCUUGUCUGCUUCGAGAACCAACCGUGAAUCACCGGUCCAUACCCUUCGCACAGUAAAUACCAUCCAGCCUGCAAUCACUCCGCGUCACAAGGACAUUUCUCAUCACCCAGCAGCCACUCUUCACAAGCCGACUUCUGAUCAACAGUUUGGGGCUUCAGACAACCAAGGCAAUCACGCGAACGCUGCUCCGAGUUGGAAGUAUAGUCAGCGGGAGCCUAGCACACCCCUUACUGAGGUCGACUCGCAGCGCCACAACCACAGUGCAAGGCUGGAUAUCGAAGAAGAUGAGCUAGAUGUGGACGUCAAGGAGGAGAGGAACGAGGAAAGCCAUCCCUCUGCUUCCUCUCCCGACACCAAAAUUCGAAAGAAGCCCUUAUUCUCCAAAACUCAGCCAACAGCGCAGUCUGCACAACAACCAAACCACCCAUCUUCAUUACUCCUGGACAGCAGCCAGCAGCUUACCAUCCCUGUCGUGCGUCGGAUUCUGAAAGCUGUACAGACAUCGUCAUUACUCCUGGACAGCAGCCAGCAGCUUACCAUCCCUGUCGUGCGUUGGAUUCUGAAAGCUGUACAGACAUCCGCAGACCCUUCUUUCUGUCUUUCGAUCAACGGCGAGACAGCCGGUCCUGCAAAGGACAAGACCGUCAUUGUCGUGUCUGAAGCAGAACUUCCUCAACUCGGUACGGUUCCUUGGCACGUUCUGUUUUGUGAGCGUUCAUCAUCGACCAUAACAGUCAUCUACAAGCUGCAAGAGCCGCAUCAUAGCAAUCAACACCGACUCUACUCUACAGCAUUGCUUUCGCGAACAAUCCCUCGAGCUUUCCGCAACGGGCUCGCCGUACCGAAGCAUCCGAAAUCGGUGCUGUGGAAGGCGUGCAGAGAACUGGACGAUUUCCCUGGUCCACUCUGGGCCACCUGCUUGGCGAUCUGGCUCACGAGGGACGGCGAUCUGAACGGGAAGCUGGGCAGUAUCAGGAACAUACGCUUCGGGAAGAACUGGCUAUUGAAGACGUUGACAAGCUCCUGCAGGGGAAGCAGUGGAGUGUGA